UUGAUCCACAGCGAGGAGCUCCAGUGCAGUUAAGCAAGUCGCACUGCUGUCCAGCGUACCUUCAUAGGCACGAUGCUACCAUCGAUUCCAAGGCCUCUGGUUGUUGCCGCUGCCGUCCUCUGCUUCUACCUCUGCAGCUCGCUGCUAGUGGCGGUGGCGGAGGCGAAGGAGCGACAUUACGAUUGGGAAAUCUCGUACCAGCACAAGUCCCCCGACUGCUUCGAGAAGCUCGCCGUGACCGUCAAUGGCGAGGCUCCCGGACCAACCAUCUAUGCCACGCAAGGCGAUACCGUCGUCGUCACUGUUCAUAACAAGCUCGAGACAGAGAAGACCGCCAUCCAUUGGCACGGCAUCCGCCAGAUAGACACGCCCUGGGCUGACGGCGUCGCCGGCGUGACCCAGUGCCCCAUCCUGCCCGGGGAAACGUUCACCUACAAAUUCGUCGUCGACAGGGCUGGAACGUACAUGUACCAUGCGCACUAUGGUAUGCAGCGCGUGGCGGGGCUCAAUGGCAUGAUCGUCGUGGCCGUGCCGGAAGGCGUCAGGGAGCCCUUCAGGUACGACGAGGAGCAUACCAUCCUCCUCGAAGACUGGUGGCACAAGAGCGUCUACGAUCAGGCCACAGGCCUCUUCGCCAAACCAUUCGUCUUCGUCGGAGAGCCUCAAUCUCUCCUGAUCAACGGCCGAGGAAUGUUCAACUGCUCGAACCUGGCUCCUGCCACCGGAACAUGCAACAACUCCCACCCAGACUGCGCACUGCCUACUCAAUUCACCUUCGUGCCGGGGAAGACCUAUCUCCUCCGCAUCGGCAGCCUCACAUCUCUCUCCUCGCUCAGCUUCGAGAUCGAGGGCCACCGGAUGACGGUCGUGGAGGCCGACGGGCACUACGUCCGGCCCUUCGUGGUAAGGAAUCUCUUCAUCUACUCCGGCGAGACUUAUUCCGUGCUUGUCAAGGCCGACCAGGACCCAAGGAGAAACUACUGGGCCACAUCCCACAUCGUCGGCCGCAACCCCACGACUCCAAGCGGCAAGGCCAUCGUGAGCUACGCCGGAAACGACCCGAGGAAGCAACCACCCACUACCCCAACGGCCGGCCCGCCAUGGAACAACACAGCCAUCAGGGUGGAGCAGAGCAAGGCCAUUGUCGCUCACCCGGGUUACGUCGUGCCGGUGCCACAGAGAGCUGACCGCACACUGCUCCUGCUCAACACGCAAAACAACAUCAACGGCCACAUCAAGUGGACCAUCAACGGCGUGUCCCACCACUUCCCUGUCACGCCCUACCUCGUGUCGAUGAAGCGUGGCCUUACCACCGCAUACGACCAGCGCCCGCCGCUGGACACGUACGACCACAUAGGCCACGACAUCUCCGCGCCAGCGCCAACAAACGGGACAAUUGGCAGCCCGGUCUACAGGCUGGCAUUUGACUCCGUGGUGGACGUGGUGUUGCAGAACUCCAACGCGCUCAACAACAUGAGCGAGACACACCCGUGGCACCUCCAUGGGCACGACUUCUGGGUGCUCGGCCACGGCGAUGGCAAGUUCAAUCCAGCAGCGGACACGUGGAGGCUUCUGAAUGUGAAGGAUCCGAUUAUGAAGAACACGGUGCCACUACACCCAAACGGGUGGACGGCACUAAGGUUCCACGCGAACAACCCGGGGGUGUGGUUGUUCCACUGCCACGUCGAGGCGCAUGUGUUCAUGGGCAUGGGCGUGGUCUUUGAGGAGGGCGUGGAGAGGGUUGGCCGCCUGCCAUCAUCCAUCAUGGGGUGUGGGCAUUCCAAGGGACUGCAUUGAUCAGAUAACCUGCAAUGAAUCUUUUUUUCUCGAACAAGUGAUAUAUAUUGAUCCUAGUUGUGAAGAUAAUCUAGGUGAGGGAUAUGUACAGUUACGGCAUUUGUUUAUUUAUGAUUCUUUAUGUAGUGGGACAAAUAAUGUACUAUACUGGUUCCUUAAGAGUUAUAAGUGAUG